GCGAUAUUUGAAUACUAGUGAUGACAAGGCACUCUACUGAGCAUCAACUUACAACUGAAAUGUCUGAUGGAAAAGUGAACACGCAUCAAUCUCCUAAUGCAAUUUUUGCAGCUAUUGAAGCAAGAUGUGGAUUGAAAAGAAACAGACAUCCAAAACAGCUAACCAAAACUAAAACACUUAAAUCAAAGGACAGUGAUUCAGCAACUUCAAACACAAACAAAAAGGCUAGUUCUCAAACACCUAUGCAGGAGAGAAACUGCAAAAGCAAAUCAAAAAUUAAGAAGGAAAAAUUAAAAUCACAAACCUGCAAAAAUUUCUCCUUUAGUCUAUCACAGCCUGUGCAUUCGGCAAACCCUACAUCAAACAAACAUGUGCUACGAAACUGGCAACCACCUCUCAAGAUACUUCGUUAUGAUGACAAAGAAAAUACAGCUGAAAACUCUAGCCAUGAAGACAUAAUAUCUUCCGUAGACAAAGUGUGUAGUGAGGAAAAAAGCACAAACUGA